CUACCACCAUUUUUGUUUUGUUUUCUCUCUCUUUUUUUUGCAAAAUCUAGAGAGAGGAAUUAGAGAUAGAGAUAGAAGUUGUCACUUGCUGCCUCUACUAAGCAAAACCCACUUUGCUAAAACACUUGAAAGUUGAAAACCCUACUGAUUUUUGAGUCCAUUGUGUUUGUUUCUUGGGAAAAACAGGGAUUUUCUUGAAACCCAGUAAGGAUUUAAGGCUUUAGCUUCUUGGGUUUUGUUCUUUGAGUGUUUUUUUUCUCUGGUGGGGUUUGAUUGAAGGAAGCAGAGAAGUGAAGAAGAAGGAAUAUGGAUGCUUAUGAAGCAACUACUUUGGUUUAUGCGAAGAUCAAGAACUUAGAGCCUGAAAAUGCUUCGAAAAUCAUGGGGUUUCUUCUCAUUCAAGACCUUGGAGAUAAGGAGUUGAUACGUUUAGCUUUUGGGCCUGAAACCCUUUUGCAUUCACUGAUUUUGAAGGCGAAAGCUCAUUUAGGGUUUCCUUUAAACUCUUCUUCGUCAACACCUUCUUCGCCUUCGCCUCUUAAUCCUAUUGCUAGACCUUUAAACAGUAACCCUUUUUCUCAAUCUUCGCCUAGAAUCCCUAAUAAUGGCUUUGACUUGAGUAAAAACCCUUCUUCUCCUUCGACAACGAGUUCAUGGUCACUUUCAGGCAUUUCUAACAAUGUCAUUAGCCCUAAAUCUAGUCCUCUUUUGUCUUAUGACAGUAUUCGAGCUGCCCCUUUUUCAAUGCCUCCAUUUUUGCAGCAUAAAAAUGGGUUUGUGGAUUCUGAAGUUAUUGAAGAGCCUCAGGUUAACGAUUACCUUUCGUUUUUGAACGAGUCGUCUUCUUCGAGAGGGGAGGAUUUAGUGGAUCCAAGGAUGGAAUUAGGGCGUGGUUUGCAGAAUUGGACGCAGUCUAUGGACAAUGCUGAUACCCCUUUUCAUAGAAGAAGCUAUUCUGCUAGUGAUGUUUGUUUUGGGUCUGAAGAUGGAGGAUUUGGAGUUGGGUAUAAGCCUUGUCUUUACUUUGCUAGAGGUUUUUGUAAAAAUGGUAGCAAUUGUAAGUUCUUGCAUGGUGAUUUUUCUGAUUCUGUUGAUCCUUCUGCUGCCAUUGUUGGUUCUCCUAGCAAACUUGAGGGCUUGUUUGAGCAGCGUGAGGAGUUGAUGAGAUAUAAAGCUGCUCAGCAACAGAGAUUGGCCACAGCAUCUGAGUUAAUGGCUGGAGUCUCACCUUCACAGUAUAACAAGUAUAUCAAUUUUCUACUUCAACAACAAAAUGAAACUCAUAGAGCUACAGCAGCUGCACUUAUGAUGGGAGAUGAGUAUCACAAGUUCGGCAUGUCCAGAAGUGAAAGGAAUGAUUUUUUGGCUUUGGCUGCAGAGAAGCGAAACUCAGCGUCCAGACAGAUUUAUUUGACAUUCCCAGCUGAUAGCACCUUCAAGGAUGAAGACGUUUCAGAGUAUUUCAGCAAAUUUGGGCCUGUGCAAGAUGUUAGGAUUCCAUACCAACAGAAGAGGAUGUUUGGGUUUGUUACAUUUGUCUAUCCAGAGACUGUAAAAAAUAUAUUGGCAAAGGGAAAUCCACAUUUCAUAUGCGAAUCACGAGUACUUGUGAAACCCUACAAGGAGAAGGGAAAAGUUCCAGAAAAGAGGCAGCAGCAUCAACAACAGCAACUAGAGAGGGGUGACUUUUCUCCUUGUUUGAGCCCCUCUGGACUGGACCCCCGGGAUCCUUACGACCUAAAUCUUGGAGCAAGAAUGAUGUAUAAUACUCAAGGGAUGAUGUUGCGUAGGAAAUUAGAAGAGCAAGUUGAAUUGCAACAAGCACUUGAACUUCAGGGAAGGAGACUAUUGAAUCUCCAGCUCCCCGACUUGAAAAAUGAUCAACUACACCACCAUCACCCACACAAUUUACCUAUUUGUGCUCCAUUGUCCACUGAAUCUCAUAAUCAAAUGAACCAAAACAUUUAUCCUCCUGAUUUUAUAAAUCAAGAAGCUUCUGAAGGUCUUGAGAAUAAUCAAGUAGCUACCAACACUGCAAUAAGCAUGCAGCAAAACUUUCAGCUGGAAGACAAUCCUUGUUUUAUCCAAAGCAACAGCAGUGGCAAAGCCACGGAAGAUGGCUACAACUCCGAACUGCUUGAAAUCCACAAAAGUGUUGAGCAGGUCCUUCCUGAUAGCCCAUUUGCUUCUCCUAAAAAGUCUGCCUUGGGUCAACAUUCUGAUUUUUCUUCUGUCAAAGCGGAUGGAUGCGGUCCCAAUACGUUACCGUCAUCUUCUCAGAGCAAUUCGUCACUCCCUACUGGUCCUGCUGGUGACAUAGCUUCCCCUUAAAUAUCUUUCUUACCCCACAGCUGAAUGGCAAGGUCCUGUUGUUCUCUUCUUUGUGGUAGCUCACUUUCCGUCGUGCUAAUUAAGAAGUCAGUAAUUCAAAGUAAGAUACAUUAUUUUCCUUAGGUUUCUAUCAUUCCUUGUGUGAAUCUUUUGAAAUAUAGGCAAUAACUACAUAAGCAUGGCCAGCAGAUAUCAACAAUGUUAGGAAAAAUUAGAGAAGCAUAUAGCAGGCAGAAGAAUUAUCCUCGGAUGUAUAGCGAAAUUAUACCUACUUCGAGGAGUAGAUCUAUUACUACUAUAGAGAGGAUCUCCACAAGUAUCAUCUUCAUCAAUACAUACUCCUAACAGAAAAUACAUAUAAUUCAUACAUUUAGGACAGAUGAUUUGGUUUAUGAGAGUUAGGUUUCUUCUGUGUUUUAUUUUGUGCCCAAUUUGGGUGUGUGCUGGACCAUGCUGACUAAAGAACUACGGUCGGAUUAACUCCGUUUUACAUUGUUCAUCUACACAUAAGUUCUGUUUGUUCUUGGUAUUCAUAGUUAGGUAGGAUUUAAAGUUUCUGUGAAGCUCACAAGAGCCUCUUUGUGUACAUAGUAGUAGCUAAUUUGACAGAAGAAGACUUUGAGAAAAUUUGUUGUAGCUGACUGGUGAAAUAUCACAAAACUCAUCGGGACCAAAGAAAGUGGGGGUUGGUUGGUUACCCAAA